AUGGAUGACCAGGGCUGUCCGAGAUGCAAAACGACGAAAUACAGGAACCCGUCCCUGAAGCUGAUGGUGAACGUUUGCGGCCACACGCUAUGUGAGAACUGUGUGGAGAUGCUGUUUGUUCGCGGCUCGGGUAACUGCGUGCAGUGUGACACGCCUCUGAGGAAGAGCAACUUCCGUGUGCAGCUCUUUGAGGACCCGGCCGUAGACAAGGAGGUGGAGAUCCGGAAGAAGGUGAUGAAAAUAUACAACAAGAGAGAUUUUGACUUCCCCAGCCUGAGAGAAUAUAAUGACUAUCUGGAGCAAGUGGAGGACAUAGUGUACAACCUGACAAACAACAAUGAAGUGGAGAACACCAAAUUGAGGAUGGAGCAGUACCAGAGAGAAAACAGAGAUGUCAUCCAGAGGAAUAAGGCGAAACUUACGCGAGAGCAGGAAGAGCUGGAGGAGCUGCUGCUGCUGGAGCAGCAGAGCAACGAGCAGCGUAGGCUAGAUGUUCUGCAGGAGGAGCAGAGGCAGCUGCAGGUCAAGCGGAAGAACAAACAAGCCCUGCUAGAUGAACUGGAACAGUCUCAGCUUCCUGCCACCAUCUUACUCGCCCAACACAAGGCUCGUGCUGCCCAGCUGGAGACAGAGAUCGAGCAGCAGAAACAGACCGUAAAGCCAACCAAUAUAUUUUCAACGGGAAUCCAAAUGAACCUCGACUUGGCUGUCGUUCAGAUUUUUAGUCGUUUAUUUUCAUUUUCCUGUGAUGAGAUCGGCUGUGUCAUCAUCCUCGCCCUUUUCCACAGCUACCCUCAUGAGCAUCAGACGGUGUCUCUCCAGCCUUUGCCCAAGAUAGAGGAAGUUCUGUACCACUACAAACCCCUUCAAGUCGAAACCUACGGACCACCGGUGCCUGAACUGGAGCAGCUGGGCAGAUUCGGGUACAGAUUUAUGCAUUUAAUCUGA